CGGAAAUUCUCUAUAUGUUUUUUCACGUACUCUGUGAAGAUGGCUACAAGCUGCCUCUAGAGUUCUCGCAAACACCCCUCGGCCUACUCGUGUCAGAAGAUGACACUCCGGAACGGCGGUUGCGCCUGGGAUUCGGCGACCCAGCUGCGGUUGUGGCGGCCCUUGAUCUUCUGCUGGAUCUCCAACCCGGUUUUGAAGCGGCCGUCUUAGGGUCAGUCAUCCGUCACGAUCACGAGUAUUUGUUCCAGCAUUUAAUACUCAAUCGGCACUGGGAUGUUGAAACUCGUUGGCACGGCCUGACCUGUCUACACACGGCAGUUCUGUACAGCCGUAAACGGAUUGCCCAACUCCUACUCUCCCAAGGUGCUCGCCCCGAUGCACUCACACUCAGGAGAAGACUUACCUGCUUGCAUCUGAUAACGCUUGUCGGCGGUGAUCGACACCAGGAAGAGAUAGAAAUGGUGGAGGUGCUGCGUCCAUAUUCAGUCCCUAUCGAUGCGAGAGAGCGCUGCUACGGUCUGACAGCACUACAUCUUGCGGUGCGGAAUCAGAAAAUACGCCUGAUACCGGUGCUCCUUGGUCUUGGAGCCGACCCUUGCAUCUUCGUGCACGAUCAAUUGGACCUUCUAGCAGAGGGCAGAUCAGGAUGCUUAAAGGUUUCAUCAUCUCGGCUUCGACGCUUAACGGAAGACGUCACGAUUCUUGGUGAGGUCCUUUUACAGUGCAACCAGGACGAGUUCUACCCACUUCCGUUCGUUGAAGAGCUUUUACGUCUGUUCUUAACUCAUGGUAAAGAUAAUACAUCCGUUACAGGAGCAUCGCAACUGUACAUUGACUCGGCGCGAACUACGUCAAUUCUACAUAUUAUGGCCAUGAUUCCUUUCCCGGAACCACUUUGCAUUUUUCAACAAGCGCAAUCCUGCCUUUUUGAUACAUCCAUCGACCUUUGCGACCUUCACGGAGACACGCCUCUCCAUUAUGCCUGCAUGUCCCGCCGUCCUCGCAAUGUCGCAGCGCUGAUCGAGAUGGGAGCUAAUCCAUCCCUCUCGAACACUGUCGGUUUAGACGCCGUAUCGGCAAUGAUUUUCUCCUCAAUUGUUUUAGGACCUUUUAUCUGCGGCUUCCAACGUACAAGCCACGGUGAGGCUGACCGCUCAACCAAAGACACAUUGGACCGAGAGAGACAGUCAGCUCGGGAGUUAUAUCACCAAAAACAAUACAAUAAAAGAUUCACGUCUAGGAAAGGAGGCGAGAGGGAAGCCAUGGUGGAUAUCCUCAAGCUCCUUAAAUCUCACGGCCGUGAGGUUGACAGCAACUUUCGGAAACUAGCCUUGGCCUGGUGCUCGCUCGGGGACGACAACGAAGAGCUCUAUCUUCGCACUGUUCCUCUUGAGCCACACCCGGAAGAGCGUUCUCGACCACCUCAAGCCGACCCAGAAAGGGAGGCAGGUCUUCAUCUACGCAACCAUGUACGCUCGGCUUGCAAGAAAGAGCAGAAUUCAAUAGACGCUACUCCAGGAAUAAAUCUCGUUGAUAUUCCAACGAAGUUGUCACGACAAUACAUCAUGCAUAGGGCAGAAUCGGAAUCUUUCAUGAUCUGUCAUCAUACUGGGUACCGGGAAACAACUACUUUGACUGAUGACUUUUUCGGCAGCCGAAGGCGAAUAGAACUCUCUAAUAUGCUCAUCGGCGGUCGGCCUUUCUUUGUAACCUAUGGGUGAGUGGGUUGGAGGCAUCCCUUAAGAAAUACUCAUAGGUAAUCUAUUUCUCCAAGGGUCACAGUGUAACAGAGCGGAAACAUUAAAGGGAUCGAAGGCACGACGAUAAGUGUGCGAAAAUAUUGGCGGCUAUUGCGAAGGAUGCAGAGCACUGUUAGGAGGGUUGGACGGGAGGAACAUUGACUAUUGGCUUAACUCACUACCGAGAAUGGUUGAAGAUGAAGUAGACGCCGAUGGGAGCUGGUUCUUGUGGAAGUUUCUGCACUGCCUACCAAAUUCGGCGGCUUUUAUAUAUGGAAUUACAUGUUCGGAGUAAAGCAAAUCCGUGUGAUCAGAAGUAAGGCUGUCGCAGCAUCUGCC